UUUUUCUCCUAUCAUUUGUUCAUUCUGUGAAGGGCGUGCUUACUUCUAUUAUGGAUUAUCGGCUGGAAAAUCUCUCACUCUCAGUUGAUGAGGAGGAGGAACUUGUUCUUGAUACGGGUGAGGAUGGGAGCACUACUCAGUCUUUUGAUCUAUGCCUCAUUGGAAGGUUUCUCACUGAUCGGAUGAUCAAUUUUAAUGCUAUGAAACAUCGCCUUGCCAGCGUUUGGAGACCCGGAAAAGGUAUCUGUAUCAAAGAAAUCAACAAACAACUUUUCCUUUUCCAAUUCUUCCAUAUUGUUGAUUUGAAGAGAGUUCUUGAGGGAGGUCCAUGGACUUUUGACAACCACCUACUCAUUCUCCACCAUCUAAAACAAGGUGCAAUUCCAACUGCUAUACCUUUAUUUCAUGUUAUGUUUUGGAUUCAAGUAUAUGAUAUUCCAGUGGGGUCUAUGUCUCUUAAUGUUGGUAAGCAACUUGGCAACUUUAUUGGAAAAUUUGUUGACUACGAUAUAAAUAACAAUGCUGGCCUGUGGAGAAAUUUCAUGCGUAUUAGAGUUCUUCUGGAUGUGAGGCAGCCAUUAAAAAGGUGGAAGAAAAUUCGAAAACCUCAGGGGGAGUGGUCCUUGGUUCACUUCAAAUAUGAACGGCUGAGCACUUUCUGUUAUCUUUGUGGCAUGUUAGGGCAUUCAGAAAAAUUUUGUGAUAAACUUUUCUCUAUAACUGAUGGUGAUAUCAAAAGAGAAUGGAGUCCGGAUCUUCGUGUUCCAACGAGAAGAGGUUCUGAAUAUGGUGGAGAGCGAUGGUUGCGGGAAACAAUGGAGAAUUCUACGCAUGCAGACGAUUCCGGGUAUGGUAAUAUUGCUAGGGGAUCAGGAUAUGGAUCUGAUUUUUCCAUUCAAGGAGUAAUCAGCUCCGAGUCUGGUGGGAUCAAGGAUUUUCAAACUGCUAACAGAUUGCCGCAAAUAUUGCAUGGAUUACAAACUUUUCCCACGUGCACUACCAAGCCAUCUAGUUCCUCUCAUGCAGAGGGUCACGUGAUUACUUCAGGAGGUGAUAAUAUGGGCUUUAAGGAAAAUGGGCUGGAGAUUGUGGAGGAUAAAAACGCAGAAGGGCCGAGCUAUUUUUUUAAGCCAUUCAGAUAG